AUGUUUAAAAACACAUUUCAAAGUGGAUUCUUGUCCGUCCUGUACAGUGUUGGCAGCAAACCUCUGGACAUCUGGGAUAAAAAGGUGAAGGCAGUGUGUCGGCAGGUGAGGAACGGUCACAUCAAGAGGGUCACAGACGAGGACAUCCGCUCACUGGUGCUGGAGGUCAUGGGGACAAACAUCAGCACCACGUAUUUAACAUGUCCUGCAGACCCAGAGAAGACACUGGGCAUCAAACUUCCUGUUCUGGUCAUGAUCAUCAAAAACCUCAAGAAGUACUUCACCUUCGAAGUCCAGGUGUUAGAUGAUAAAAACGUUCGCCGGAGGUUUCGGGCGAGUAACUUUCAGAGCACGACACGAGUGAACACGUUUACCUGCACCAUGCCCAUGAGACUGGACACGGGCUGGAACCAGAUCCAGUUCAACCUGUCGGACUUCACCAGGAUGGCCUACGGGACCAACUACACAGAGACACUGCGUGUGCAGAUCAACGCUAACUGUCGCAUAAGGAGAGUGUUCUUUGCAGACCGACCGUACUCUGAGGACGAGCUCCCAGCAGAGUUUAAACUCUACCUGCCCGUCCAGACCCAGACAGCUAAGCAGUAAAGACUCUGUCCCUGCUCUGAUGUGGAGCUGUGAGAUUUAUCUGUGUGAAGAGUCCUGAUGAAGUUUAAAAACCUGGUGAUAGUUUUAUUUGUGGGAGUUUGAGUUGACACGAUCAAGUUUGUUCUGGACUCGUCUGUCGUCACAGUUGAUGCAUGCUGCAGUUUAAAGGUGACAGUAUCAGACAUCUGACAGACUGAAGGGACCAGCUCUUCCUCUUAAAGAUACAGAGAUGAGUACACAAGUAUAUUUAUAUAUUUGAAUCCCCAUCUGUCACUACCAAGGUAGCAGCUACGCUUCCUGGGUCCACACAAGCAAAUGUUACCUCACAGAGUAAAACAAAUGUAUCGUUAAAAACCUGAGGCAAAAAGAAACAAAUACAACCAAAAACAGGAGUAGAUAGAUUAACAACAAAAUAGUCGGAAAUUGUCAAAUCGGUGGUGGUGUAAUGGUGUGGGGGAGAUUUUCUUAGUACCAACUGAGCAUGGUUUAAACACCACAGCCUACCUGAGUAUUGUUGCUGAGCGUGUCCAUCCCUUUCUGACCACAGUGUACCCAUCUUCUGAUGGCUACUUCCAGCAGGAUAACGCACCAUGUCACAAAGCUCACAUCAUCUCAAACAUGACAAUGAGUUCACUGUACUCCAAUGGCCUCCACAGUCACCAGAUCUCAGUCCAAUA